ACAUGUUACAGUGCUUUAUAUGAGUGGCUUUCGCUAGCGCUCUAGCUGUCUAAAGGACUGCUGCCUGGAAGUUACUUUGUGGCGUGGAAGGUGAAGUUCGCACAAAAUAAACCACAAAGAUGUCAGAACAAGUACCAAAACAGUCAACGGAUGUCAAAAGUGACAAAAAUGACCAGAUUCUCGUCAAAGUGAGAGGACAGGACAAUUCUAUCAUACAGUUUAAAAUCAAGAAGGGAACGCCCUUCAGGAAGCUGAUGUGUGCAUACUGCGAAAAGCAGGGAGUGCAACUGGACAACAUGAGGUUUAGAUUUGACGGCGUCGCCAUCGGACAAAAUGACACCCCACGUUCGAUUGAACUCGAGGAUGAUGACACAAUAGAGGCGUACAUGCCACAAACGGGCGGGCAUUGGUUGAGACACUGAAACACGGAGAUUUAACCUCCCCAACAUCAUGGAGCAUCAACCUUCCAACACUCCCCCAGCCCCCUCCGGAACUACACCACCAUCUCUGAAUCAGGAUGAUAUUUCAAGACGUUUCUCCAGUCACGCAGAAUGUAGAUAUUGCAUUCAGUAAUCAGACUUCACGACAUUCGCUACACCUCCACUUUUAAAAAGUCAUGUGAUGGCUUCUGCUGAGUAAAGUUUUUUUUUGUCGGGGGGGUCAAAUUUGACCAUGGAAAGUUUACCAUGUAAAAAUUAUUAGGAUUGGAAUGUUUGCAUCUACACCUGUUGCCAUCGAGUUUUGCUCUGCAAGAGGUAUUAGAGAACCAACAGUGUCCGUGUGUAUUGGUACUUGGAUUGAAGCCAUCUUUUUUUUUUUCUUUUUUUUUUUUUCUUUUCUUUGUUUUUUUUUAAAAUCACCGGCCCAUUUUGUUUCUUGAUGGCCUUUUAAUAAAGACAUAUUUCGGGUUGAGGGAAGAACCGAGCUGCCAUUCCCUGCCAUUUAGACUUCUUUUGGCCCUAUUGCGUAUAGAAACUGCUUGAUCAACCUUCGUCACUUUAAAAAGUGCGGUUCACAGUGAUUGAAGAAAAAUGGAAAUGACCAUAAAGGUACUGUUAAUCCAGCAUUUUUGUAUUGCCAAAUUAAAAAAAAAUAUAAAUUUGAACAUUGUGCUAGUUACACCCAUGAUUCCCAGAUUCGAAGCAUUUUGAAGGGAUGGGUUUUAAAGUGUUCGUCAAAACUCAAGCCAAAGGGAAAUGAGAAUCUCCUUUUUUGUAGUUCUUGUUAAGUUAUUACUUGAUACUUCUGUUGAGAAAGAUUAAGUAACAGGAACAUAGUUGUUCAUUUGUUUAUUUUGAAUAAUUGACACAUUGUCUGCAAUUUCUUUGGUCUUGGGCAGAAUAAUCAUGCCACCUCCAGUUUGUCUGGGGUUUGAAUUCAUCAGGGCUUGUAUUUGAAACAAGUGUUCAACAAUGAAAUUAAGUCUCUGACCAAAACUAAAGUUGGAGGUGGUACAUUUCUAAAACUAAUUGUGUGUACAUGUGUAUAUAGGUAUAAUGUUGUUUCCCAUAAGUACCUAAUGCACACAAAACAAGAUAUUUGGCAUGCUUUUCAGGACUACUGAGGGUGCACUGUUGGAUGUGAAAGAUCCACUGUUUGAAAUCACCAAAAUUUCUGAAAGCAUUUGGAAAGCUUGCUUUUCAGGAUUACUAAGGGCACGUUGUUGGGUGUGAAAGAUCCACUGUUUGAAAUCACCAAAAAUUCUGAGAAACUGGUAAACCACAUUAAUUGCUCUUUGUUGAUGACUUCUGGGUUGACCCAAUCAAAGAGAAAGUACAAAGCUGUAUAUGGCUAUCGCAUUCCAUUUGAUAUAGUGGAACUGGAAUGCACUUAGACAGUGAGGCAACACUUGGCUCGACACCUGCCCAAUUUAAAUGCAGCGGUUCCCGUUUCAAAGUCUCUUUGUGGUAUUAUGAACAAGUUUUUCCUCUCGUUAGCAUUGUGUCUGGAGGGAGCAUGGUAUUUAUCGGCAGCGAAUUCACAAUAACGUGCACAUGUAAAUCAUCACAUUGACGGCCAUUUACUCGUGUAUUUUAAACGCUGCAUGUUUCAUGUUAUGUAAUUUAACUUUUCGGUAGUUUUAAAUGUAUGUACAUAUUGUAGGACUCAAGCUAUGCUUCAUUGCUGUGUAUUAAUCAGAGCAUUUACAAACCUCGAAAGCAGACAAGUCAGAUAACUCAGCUGAUAAGCUAAGGCCGUACGUGAAUUGGUCAUUGUGGCUAAGGCUGAACUGUGUUUUCUUUCUAUUGGAGCAGAUUGAUGAACAGCUUAAGCACUGAUUUGUUCUGGCUCCUGAAGGUUUGACCAUGGUUUGACAGAUUAACUCAUUUUGUAUAACAAAAUAAUGAACCAGCCUGUUGUCUCUCGCGUAGUCUCCAGUGGGUUCAUGGUCUUAGCUGUAUGAAAGAAAAAUGAAGUAAAUAGAAUCUUAGUCUGGCAGUGAUGCAUCUGCCAGAUAAUUCUUGUAGCAUUAGACUUUGAACCUUGAACUUUUUGGCCUACUGCGGAUCAACCAUUGAAUAUCAGUUGUAGUAAACGAUACCUAAAAGCACCUGCAAGACCCAGUCAUCCAUUUUCUGCAUAUAGGAGUUGUAGGACUCUACAAUUGAGUUUAUAUUUAAUCAUGAAUUGUGACACACCUGUCAAUUAUUGCUUUUCUUCUUUUUUUGAGUGAAGAUGGUCACUGAUUUUUUUUCAGCCCCCAGAUACUAAGAUAGUAUUCAUAGAUACCGAAUGUUUCAGCAAAAGAUACACUUUUGAAAAUGAAAAAAGCCAAAAAGGGUUUGAAACUAUGAAAUUCUUCAAUGAAUGUUGUUGCAUCAUUGAAAUGUUAAAUUGAAGGUGUGUUGUGAUAAUUGUAGCAGGUUUUUCCUUCUGUCAGUUUUAAUUAUGUUGGUUUCAUUUUGUUCUCAGUCUUGUUUGUACUGUAAAUUAGCUUUCAUACAUGCUUGCAUUUUAGGAUAUUGAUCAGUAAAAUGGUGCGGUCAUACCAGACAAGCGUAUCUACUAGAUUUAAUAGAAAUAUUGUUAAACAGAUUGUUAGACGUCGUCGUAGAAUUUUUUUGUUUCAGUGUUUGUUCUCAUGUAUGUUUGGUUGUCAGUUUGUAAUAAUAAACCAAGUCCUGACCCGCAGUUCAAAGGUAAAGGAAAG